AUGCAUAUAAGAGUAGAUAGUAAAGUUAAGGCUGUAGUGAAAACUGGUGAUGGGUUCCUCGAUUACGAUUGGUUCAGAGGAGCAGAAUUUAAUAUUGCUGAAAACCUUUUACGGAUAAGAGAUGACAGACUUGCUCUCAUAUAUCUCGAUGAGACUGGUUAUGAAGAGACUGUCACCUAUGCUGAAGUAUUCGAAGAGACUAAGCUGUACGCAGCUGCUUUCAGGAAACAUGGCUUACAAAAAGGCGAUACAGUGGCUUGUCAUAUGUCAAAUAGGAAAGAAGCAAUCUACGCCAUGUUGGCAACAACCAGCAUUGGUGCUAUAUGGGGAGGACCUCAUCCUUUCUGUGGAGCACGAUUUGCAUCAAACACUGUUGCUAGAAUGGAACCUAAGUUUUUAAUCACUAUAGACUGUCAUCAAGACGAUGGAGUGGUUUGGAACAUUUUAGAAAAUCUGCCGAUUAUAGUCGACAAAGUGUUUUUAGAGGAGUUUCUGGAAAGCGGUCGAAAUCCUGAUGAUAGCGUCCCCGACAUAGUUUUCGAGCAACUUCCUUUCAGCCAUCCUGCCUUUCUAAACUUUACCUCUGGCACCACAGGCCUCCCAAAGGGACUGGUUCAUUCAGCAGGGAUGUUAAUACCGGAGUUCGAAAACAUUGCUUUUGAUUAUAACUUAAAGAGCGGAGAUGUCGUUUUCAACUGGUGUCCGGUAAAUGUUCUUUCACAAUAUUUACCAGCCCAUUUUGAAGAGCAAUCUGUGGGUUGGACCGCUUGGGAUUUCUUCACUCCAUGCCUAGCCCUAGGCAUAACUAUAUUUUUGUACUGUGGUAGCCAUUACUGGAUAAGAGAUGGAAACAACAUGUGGGACUUAAUUGCAAAGUAUAAAGCCAAGUACUGUUUCCUUGUACCCAGCAUGCUAGAUAAAUUAGAAAAGUUGCAGAUUGUACCAAGUCCAAAUUCCAAUUUAGAAAACCUGAAAGUGGUGUUCAUAGAUGGAAGCCCUGUUAAAGUUCAAAACUUCACUUUCGUCCAAAACAAGAUUGGAAAGCAUAUCUUCGUCGCUAUUUUAUACGGAGCCACUGAGUCUUUCGGAUUUUUCUCCGGUGUUGACAUGAAUCUGCCACUGUAUGCCGGCGAAGUCCAAGUGCCUGCUCUGGGAAUGGAUAUUCGUGUUGUAGACGAAAAGGGUCGAUCUUUAAUUGGUGAGAAGGGUGAAAUAAUAUUUGCAGCUCCAUGUCCAAGUUUUCCUAUUUACUUUUGGAAGGACGUCGAUCACACCAUCAUGAAGGAAACUUAUCUCUCUAAAUAUCCAGGUGUCUGGUGUCAACACGAUGAAGGCUUGAUCAAUCCGGAUACAAAGGGUCUCAUUGUACUUGGAAGAAGUUCUUUGCUUCAUUUUUCUAGUGAUGAUACUUUAAUUCAAUAUGGUGAUCGCUUUGCAGCUGGAGAUGUUUAUUUUGCCAUUCACGGAAUGGAAGAGAUCAUGGACUACAUAUGUGUCAAUCAGAGUAGGAACGAUGGCGAAUGUAGAGUUGUUCUCUUUGUCAAGCUGAAACCGGGUUUUACAUUCACUCCAGAACUCAGAGAAAAAAUCGCCCUCACCAUCGAUAGGGAACUGUGGGAAGACUGCGUGCCGCAAGUCAUUUUAGAAGUGCCAGAUAUUCCUUACAAUGUGAAUAACAAGCGACUAGAAGGUGUUGUUCGAAAGAUAGUGGCAACCAACCAGAUUCCUCAAGUGAACAAUAUCACUAAUCCUGAGUGCUUGAAAUACUUUUGUGAUAUACCAGAGCUGCUAAGCUACAAUGUCUGA